AACUUGAAUUUAUUCAUAAACAAGAGAUUAUUCAUCGAGAUUUUCAUAGUGGAAAUAUUCUUAUCGAAAAUGAAUCUGAUAUUGUAAUAAGUGAUUUAGGAAUUAGUAAAUUAUCAACUGAUUUAUCAGAUAAUAAUAAUAAUUAUUAUGGAAUCAUGCCUUAUAUUGAUCCAGAGAUAUUUCAAGGGAAAAAAUAUACAAAAGCUUCAGAUAUAUAUAGUUUCGGUAUGAUUAUGUGGGAAUUAAUGAAUGGUAAAAGACCUUUUGAGGAUCAAGCCUAUGAUACAGACCUUAUGAUUCACAUUAUUGAUGGUGCUCGUCCUCCGAUAGUUACAAAUGCACCCGAAGGCUGUAUUGAAUUAAUGCAACAAUGUUGGGAUUCUGAUCCAAAUAAAAGGCCAAACCAUUUUCAUAUAAUUGAUGAGUUUUCAUUAGAAUGUAUUAUACAAGCUAUGUAUCUACUUUAUUAG